CAGUGGCUGGAGGUGAGAAGAUGAGAAAAUGAGAGCAGAUGGACUCCUAACGGUGGCUGGAAUGGUACAUUUUCAUGGCUGGUCUCAGGACUGAUCGGAGAGGAGGAACUAUGAGGCUGACGUGCAUGUUCUCCUUCAUCUUGCUGUUUGGACUCGCCGGCCUCGUCGUCUUCAUCCACCUACAAGACCCCGUGGAAAUGGUUCACCAGCAGGGAAUGGCCACAGAACCUUGGCUGCAUUGUCAUGUCGCUGGGAUGAAAUUUGAAUUUGCAUUACAUGAGCCAAAAAAGGACUGCACGUCUAACAUUCAGUAUGGAACUUCAAUAGAAGCCGCCGCCGCCAAACAGCUCCUGAACAUAAACCAAGAUGUACCGACAUUUCCUCCUUAUCAGUACUCGGCUAGUUUACACAACACUAACCGGAGGCAGAAGAAGCCAAUAUUUCUCAGGCAAGACAAUAAAAAAUACAAUGAGAGAAAACUUUUGAAGAAGCGGAAGCAUUUUCUGUUGAAAGAGACUCCAAUCUUGAUGCCCAUCAACAGCUCGGCUGUGGAUCUUAUGAGGUUAGAGGAGGACGACAGGAACAGCAACUGGAAAAAGCUCUACGAGGUUCAAAGGCAGCGGAAAAAGCUGAUGCAGGACAUCUGCCUAAAGUAUAAAAGUGGCAGCCGGAGGAUUAUCACCCCUUAUCAUGUUUCCAGAAUCUUUGUGGAGGACAAGUACAAGAUUCUUUAUUGCGAGGUCCCAAAGGCCGGUUGCUCCAACUGGAAGCGGGUUCUGAUGGUCCUCAACGGCCUGGCCACUUCCACCAAGGAUAUCCAACACAACACCGUCCACUACGGAAACUACUUAAAGAGGCUGGACAGUUUUGACCGCAAAGGGAUAUUCAACCGGCUCAAUACCUACAAGAAGAUGAUCUUCGUACGAGAGCCCUUCGAAAGGUUGGUGUCCGCUUUCCGGGACAAGUUCGAGCAUGCCAAUAACUACUACCACCCCGUUUUUGGCAAAGCCAUCAUUUCAAAGUAUAGGCGGAACGCCACCAGAGACGCUUUAAGGACAGGCUCCGGAGUACAAUUUAAAGAGUUCAUUCAGUAUCUGUUGGAUGUCCAUCGGCCAGUUGGGAUGGACAUUCACUGGGACCACGUGAGUAGACUUUGCAGUCCGUGCUUGAUAGAUUACGACUUCAUUGGGAAAUUUGAGAGCAUGGAAGAAGACGCUAAUUUUCUCCUGCACCUUAUAGGGGCCCCCCAAAAUUUGACAUUUCCCCGAUUUAAAGACCGGCAUUCAAACGAGGAAAGGACCACUAGUAGAAUCACGCAGCAAUAUUUUGCACAAUUGACUCCACUGGAAAGGCAAAGGACUUAUGACUUUUAUUACAUGGACUAUCAAAUGUUCAAUUAUUCCAAGCCUUUCGAAGACUUGUACUGAUUAU